AUGCUGUUUGUGUUACUGGUGUUCAGUUCAGUGCUGUUUGUGUUACUGGUGUACAUUUCCAUACUGUUUGUGUUACUGGUGUUCAGUUCAGUGCUGUUUGUGUUGCUGGUGUACAUUUCCAUGCUGUUUGUGUUACUGGUGUUCAGUUCAGUGCUGUUUGUUUUGCUGGUGUACAUUUCCAUGCUGUUUGCGUUGCUGGUGUUCAGUUCAGUGCUGUUUGUGUUACUGGUGUACAUUUCCAUGCUGUUUGUGUUGCUUGUGUUAAGUUCAGUGCUGUUUGUGUUACUGGUGUACAUUUCCAUACUGUUUGUGUUACUGGUGUUCAGUUCAGUGCUGUUUGUGUUGCUGGUGUACAUUGCCAUGCUGUUUGCAUUGCUGGUGUUCAGUUCAGUGCCGUUUGUGUUACUGGUGUUCAGUUCCAUGCUGUUUGUGUUGCUGGUGUUCAGUUCAGUGCUGUUUGUGUUACUGGUGUUCAGUUCCAUGCUGUUUGUGUUACUGGUGUUCAGUUCCACGCUGUUUGUGUUGCUGGUGUUCAGUUCAGUGCUGUUUGUUUUACUGGUGUUCAGUUCCAUGCUGUUUGUGUUGGUGGUGUACAUCUUUAUGCUAUUUGUGUUACUGGUGUUCAGUUCCAUGCUGUUUGUUGCUGGUGUUCAGUUCCAUGCUGUUUGUGUUACUAGUGUACAUCUCCAUGCUGUUUGUGUUACUGGUGUUCAGUUCCAUGCUGUUUGUUGCUGGUGUUCAGUUCCAUAUGCUGUUUGUGUUGCUAGUGUACAGCUCCAUACUGAUAUGAAGAUGGAAGGAGUUAGAGACAGACCCUGA